CACUUUGGAAUUUCCAAUUUAAUUUUGCGAGCAAUUUUCAUUCAAACUUUUUGAGGCUUAAUUUUGGCUUCAUUUUUCUUAUCUUUUAUCUCGAGAUCUCGAGCGUGUUUAUGCCGGUUUUUUUCGUUUUUUUCUUUUUUUUCAUAUGUUUUUUUCUUUUUUAUCUGUUUUAUUCGUUAUUUAUUCGUUUUCCCCUGCUGCGCACGCUAAAAUUUAAAAAAAAUAAAAAUUUUCUAAUUUUUUGAAAAAUUUUAAUUUUCAUCAAUUUAAAGGUGCAAGCCUCCAGUCAACGUGCAGAACGCUUGGCCUGGCCUGAUGCUGCUCUACAUGGCCUGAUGGUGCUCUACAUGGAGCUGCCGAUGAUUCGGUGGUUUUUUUUCUUUUUUAUUUUUUAAAUUAAAUUUAAAUACCAAAAUAAUCUUUUUAUUUUCAUAUUUUUUUCUUGUGCUGCUGCUGCUCAACAUGGAUGGCCUGGCUGGUUCCAAUGGAUGGUGGCUGGUUUUUAAUUUUUUAAAAAUAAUUAAAAUAAAAAAUAAAUUUUUUUAAUAUUUUUAUAAAUUUUUUUGCGUGUGAUGGGUGGUGGUGGUCAAUAUGCUCUUGGUUGCUUGGUGGUGGUCAACAUGCUCUUGUGUGGAUUUGGUGGUGGUCAACAUGCUCUUGUGUGGAUUUGUUGUGUCUACUUGUCCUUCAACUGAUGGUGCUCUUCAGUGUGGUGCUCUUCAACAUGCUCUUCAUGGUGGUGCUCUUCAACAUGUUCUUCAACAUGCUCUUCAUGGUGGCUGGCCUUUUUGUUUUCUGGCCAGGUAAAAAAUUUUUUGAUUAAAAAAAUUUAAAAUUAGCUAAAAAUGCGCACGCGGGCCUCCUUUCCUCUCUCUUGUUGUCCUUUGUCUUUGUUGUUUUUUGUUCAAUUUUAAAAAUUUUCUGUUUUUUAUCGAAAAAAGGUAAAUGGACUGUAUGGAAUGGAUGGUGGUUGAAUGGAUGUGGAAUUGUGGUGGUGGAUGAAUUGGUAAUGGAAGAAGUUUUUCAGGUUUUUUGUAUAGGUUUCUGAUUUUUAAGGGUAAUUUUUCUGGUGACAAA